GCGGCGGGGGAGGAGCCUGUGUGUGAGAUAAACAACCUGUGGAUGAAAACAAGCACAGAGAGAACCGGAAGCUUCAGAGCAGCGAAAACAUCGACUUAUCGGAGCAGGUGCUAUCAGAAACGUCGGGAUGAUUGGAAAGAUUCUUGCUCAGCUUAUCGGGAAUGCCAGCGAGGACCUGGAGUCAGCAGGAGAAGAACACGAGAAGCUGCUGGAGUUCGAGGACGAGGGCUGGGUCAUCGUUAACCUGCCAGAGGACGGGCUUCUGUCGGGUCCAGACGCGGACCUCCUCGAGAACCUGCUGAUCGAACACCCGAGCAUGUCCGUCUACCAGAUGAGACGCGGGGUGGGUGGAGCCGAGGAGGAGGAGCCGGGCUCUGAUGAAGAGGAAACCUCAAGGCCUGUGGCGGUAAGGCGGCAUGUAUCCUGGCGUCUCGCCACCUGGGGGCUUCCUCUGCCGUACAACGUCCAGCUGCCGGCGGCGCAGCGUGCCAGGAGUCGCGCUGAAGGCAGGAAGCUGAGCCGCGGCGCCCUUCACAGGCAGAACCUCGCCAAGACACGCUUCUGCCCUGCAGAGCGGCGCUACGGACACUUCAAGCAGCCCUGCCAGCGUCUCUACAACUACUGACUCCAAUAUCGGCGCCGCUCAGGCUUCACCUCACCGUUACAUCACGUGACAUUCACCACUUCCUGUGCAGUAAACCCAUCAAACAGCUGAAAGAACCACACGUGUUUUUCAUUCUUCUGUAAACUUUAUUAUCAGCAGGGCGAGCGCGGCGCGGCAGAACAGUCACUGCUCAGAUUAAUGUUGAUGAUGUCAGAGCUUUGUGCUCUGUCGCCGCGUUUAAAUCUGUCAUUUUGGCGGCUUCGCUCUUCUUCUUCUGCGUGUUAAAGUGUGUGAUGAGUUGACCUCUUGACCUUUGCAGCGUUCCUGCUGCUUUUCUACUUUUUAUUUGACACAAAUGUGAGAUUUUAAUGUGUUUUUAUUUGUGUGUAUUUAUAAAAUGUUUAAAAAAAAAAAGCUAAAUAAAGUUUUUGAGAUUUUCUAAA